AAGUGGAAUCGUCCCUUAUGGAUGACGUCACCAAACUGGGUCUCAACAACGAGCAAGUGGGCUGGUUUUCAAAAAGAAACAAAAGCUCAUUGCGUUGAACGGGAAUAUUUACGAGAGCGUUGAGGUAUAUUUCUGAGUUUUUGUUGAGGAGCUGCAGUAAUGUCUGUAAACUACGCCGCUGGACUGUCUACAUAUGCGGACAAAGGUGUAUGCGGGCUCCCCGAGUCUUUUGACAGUAAAGAAGAGUUAAAGGGGAAGGUGGAGGCUCUGGCCCAGCUGAUUAGGGAGUCCCAGUACCUGGUGGUCCACUCUGGGGCAGGCAUCAGCACCUCUUCAGGCAUACCUGACUUCAGGGGUCCCAAAGGAGUGUGGACCAUGGAGGAGAGGGGCGAGUCUCCCCACUUUGACACCACAUUCGAGGAAGCUCGGCCCAGCCUCACUCACAUGGCCCUGCUGGGGCUGCAGAGAGCCAGCUACCUCAAAUACCUCAUCAGCCAGAAUGUGGACGGCAUCCACGUCCGCUCCGGCUUCCCCAGAAAUCUGCUCUCUGAGUUGCAUGGGAACAUGUUCGUGGAGGAGUGUGGGAAGUGUGGCAAGCAGUAUGUGCGGGAAAAGGUGAUUGGUGUGAUGGGGCUGAAACCCACUGGAAAAUACUGUGAGGAGGUCCGGGGAAGAGGACUCAGGUCCUGCAGGGGGAAGCUCAUCAGUACCAUACUGGACUGGGAGGAAGCUCUGCCUGAAAAAGACCUCAACAGAGCCGAAGAAGCUAGCAGACGGGCCGACCUGGCGCUGACCCUGGGUACAUCUCUGCAAAUCAAGCCCAGCGGAGACCUGCCCCUCUUCACCAAACGCAAGGGGGGCAAGGUGGUCAUCGUCAACCUUCAGCCCACCAAACAUGACAAACACGCGCACCUGCGUAUCAACGGUUAUGUGGACGAGGUCAUGAGCCAGCUGAUGGAACUGCUGGGAUUGGACAUUCCAAAGUGGGACGGGCCUACCGUCUGCCAGAGCUCCACCCCUGACCAGAAACCGCUACCUGCCAUCGCUACAAAGAAGGAAGUAAAGAAGGGUGUGAAGAAAGAGGCUAAAAGGGAGGGUAGGAAAAGGCUAGGAGAACCAAAGAAGGAAGAGGAGGAUGAAGAGAAGAUUGCCGUAAAGAAAGAGAGGGCGGAACAAACAACAGAAGAGCAUGAGAAAGACCUGCAGGCCUGUACUGACUCUAGCCCUAUCCUAGGCCAAACACAGAACCAGGACCUGUCCAGAGACCAGAACAAGGGGGCCAGCUCCCCAACCCUCUCCCUCUGACAGUUCAGACAGCCCCCAAGAGCCCAACAGAGUAAAGAAUCAGCCAGUAGUGUCUUAGUAUUGUCACCCCAACUCAGUUCUUAUACACACUGACCUAGAACAAUGGUAACAUGCUGCCUGGGACCAAUGCAGAAAGGUCUGUGUAAGUGAGAAUGUACAGUACCAGUCCAACGUUUGGACACACCUACUCAUUGAAGGGUUUUUCUUUAUUUUUGCUAUUUUCUACAUUGUAGAAUAGUAGUGAACACAUCAAAACUAUGAAAUAACACACAUGGAAUCAUGUAGUAACCAAAAAAGUUAAACAAAUCAAAAUAUUUUAUAUUUUUGAUUCUUCAAAGUAGCCACCCUUUGCCUUGGCAAUUUUGCACACUCUUGGUAUUCUCUCAACCAGCUUCACCUGGAAUGCUUUUCCAAUAAUCUUGAAGUUGGGUGAUUGAGGAGGCCAGGCCAUUUAACGCAGCACUCCAUCACUCUCUUUCUUAGUCAAAUAGCCCUUACACAGCCUGGAGGUGUGUUGGGUCAUUGUCCUGUUGAAAAACAAUUGAAAGUCCCACUAAGUGCAAAAAUAUCAAAUUUUGACUCAUCAGACCAAAGGACAGAUUUCCACUUGUCUAAUGUCCAUUGCUUGUGUUUCUUAGCCCAAGCAAGUCUCUUCUUAUUGGUGUCCUUUAGUAUUGGUUUCUUUGCAGCAAUUCAACCAUGAAGGCCUGAUUCAUGCAGUCUCCUCUGAACAGUUGAUGUUGAGAUGUGUCUGUUACUUGAAUUCUGUGAAUCAUUUAUUUGUGCUUCAAUUUGUGAGGCUGGUAACUCUAAUGAACUUAUCCUCUGCAGCAGAGGUAACUUCCUCAUGAGAGCCAGUUUCAUCAUAUCGCUUGGUUUUUGCGACUGUAUUUGAAGAAACUUUCAAAGUUCUUAACAUUUUCCAGAUUGACUGAUCUUCAUGUCUAAAAGUAAUUGUGUACUGUCGUUUCUCUUUUCUUAUUUGAGCUGUUCUUGCAAUAAUAUGGACUUAGUCCUAUUUGGUAAAAUACUAUCUUCUGUAUUCUAGCCCAACACAACAGAUUGGCUCAAACGCAUUAAGAAGGAAAGAAAUUCGACAAAUUAACUUUUAAGAAGGAACACCUGUUAAUUGAAAUGCAUUCCAAGUGACUUCCUCAUGAGGCUGGUUGAGAGAAUGCCAAGGUUGUGCAAAGCUUUCAGUCAAAGAUGGCUACCUUGAAGAAUCGAAAAUAUGUCUAACAAUUUUGCUUACUGCAUGAUUCCAUGUGUUAUUUCAUAGUUUUGAUGUCUUCACUAUUGUACAAGCGUUUGACUGUUAUUGUAUACCUCUGAGGAGUGUGGUUCUCUAGUGAACAUUUCUCAGCAAUACAGAUAUAGAGAAGGGAAAGAAGAGCCUUGCAUAUAAUAGUAAUCUGACCAUGAAAGAGAUGUACACUAGAAGAGCCAGAGCAAGGCCACCCAACACCACACAAUCACCCAUACUUAAAAUGUAUGCAUGCAUGACUGUAAGUCGCGUUGGAUCAAAGCGUCUGCUAAAUGGCAUAUAAUAUAUAUUACAUUUCAAACACAGCUAAGUGAGGCAUGGGUCAAGCACACGCUUAGAACUCUGUAGUAGAGUACUACAACAUAGUAGUGUCUUGCAGAGGGGGCUAACGGGUGGAAAUUGAAGGCAGGUGUUGUGAAAUGUUAAAAGGUAACAUCGAUUUUGCCAUAGAGCUAGCAUACAUGAUCAAAUCUGUGUUUUGUUAGACACUUUACUGUUUAUUCUCAGUAAAGACACUUCGUUUAGUGAUGGGCAUUACACUGGGAUUUCUAAUGCAGUCUAAUUUUGUACAGACAUUCUAGAAUUGUUUCGCCUCGCAACUCAGUAACUCCUUCCUGUCAUGGAUAUAUUACUUUGACAGCUGUUUUUUGUUGUCAUUGCAUAUUCUGCUUCUUGUCACUGUCAAGCCAUCUGUCCUAAUUGACUUUCUCUUGAACUUUUAUUUAGAAAGAAUGAUGUAGUUUGUUGCAACAUUGUUUAUUUCUGUACAUUUUUUACAGAUGUUUUGUAAUAAACACUUGAUUGUCGCUG